CUCGGAUCCAAAAACAUCCUUAGGCCGUGGUUCACAUAUUCGUUUUCAGAAAUCAUUAUGCAGAUGACGACGAUCAGUGAAGAGUGAAAAACACAAUGAAAUGCAAGUGGGGUCCUCUGCAAGUGAUUCAAGAGCAGCCUCUGUCUUUGACCUGAAAGCCCAAACGAAGCCUCAGCGGCUGCGCGCGCGAGUGCAAUUUGCAACAGUUUGUGGGGCGAUGUAUCUAGCUGGAUGGAAUGAUGGGACGACUGGUCCAUUGCUCCCCCGGAUACAGAAAGUGUAUGACCUGAAUUUUGCUGUUGUAUCCCUGAUAUUCGUGUUUGCAUGUGUUGGCUUCCUAUCUGGAGCGUUUGCAAACCUUUAUCUAGACGAGAGAUUCGGUUUUGGGAAGGUGAUCGUGAUAGGAUCUGUGUGUCAAGUUAUAGCGUACGCCAUAGAGGCGGCUGCUUUGCCAUUUCCUGCAUUCGUGCUGGGCUACGUCAUCAAUGGGUUUGGAAUGGCUCUACAGGACGCACAAUCGAAUGGUUUUGUAGCCAGUCUCAAGGAUAACCCCGAGGUGAAAAUGGGGAUCCUCCAUGCGGUAAGCGGUGGCGCUUUGUCAUCCCCUUUGGUAGCAACGCAAUUUGCCCAGCUUCCGCAUUGGUCAUUUCACUACCUGUGCAGCCUUGGUGUUGCGUUCAUAAACACUGUACUGUUGAUUGCAGUCUUUGGGCUGAAAACACAGGAUGAGUGCCUCGCUCAGAUUGGACAACCACCAGGGGAAAAGGGAACAAGUGAGAAGAGCCAGUUUAGCCAGAUAUUGCGGCUCAGAGCAGUGCACCUCCUCGCCUUCUUCAUUUUGACAUUGGUAGGAGUGGAGGUCACUGUAGGUGGGUGGAUGGUGACGUACAUAAUCGACGUGCGCGGAGGAGGUCCAAGUUCGGGAUAUAUAUCAUCAGGGUUUUGGGGAGGUCUCAUGGUUGGCCGUGUCACUCUUCUGUGGGUAAACAAAAAGGUUGGGGAACGGCGUGUUUUGUUCAUUUACGCCAUCCUCGCAAUUGGGCUACAACUAGUAGUAUGGCUGGUGCCUUCGCUCAUCGGUGGUGGUGUUGCGGUCUCCCUAAUUGGGGUAAUUUUGGGGCCGAUGUAUCCCAUCGCUAUGAAUCACACAGUACGAAUCCUCCCCGAGUGGCUCAUCACAGGGUCGAUUGGUUGGAUAGCAGGCUUCGGGCAGGCAGGUUCUGCGCUCUUGCCAUUCUUAACUGGUGCCAUUGCAUCGAAGACCGGAAUCAAGAGUUUACAGCCAUUUCUCGUUUCGAUGAUGGCGUUCCUGACCGUUUUAUGGGCGUUAGUGCCGACAACUGCUAGGAGAACUGAAUGAUAGAUUCUCCGUUAGCUAUAAAGGUUGACAUUUGGCAAUAGAUUCAUCUAAUGACCUCAUUGUGGACCCCUUGCCGGGGUGUCAGUGAAUUCUUUCAC